AUGGACAUUGGCGGUCUAGAGACGAUGGUGGCCAACACGGCCUAUGUGUCUGCCCGUGGGGAACUUGGGCCAACUUCUGGGCGGGACAGGCGGUUCCGGGCUAGGCUGAAGCUGCCGCACAUCAACCACUGUGAACACCUGAAGGAUUCCUUGGACCUGGAUUUCGACUACAUCUGCGUGAGGCAGCCCAUCGGCAAGAAGCUAUUCCAACAAUUUCUUGAGGAGACAGAUGAGUUCAGGCCAUCUGCUGGCCUGUGGUCAGACAUGGAGAACUAUAGCAGGGUGGACGAGUCCGAGAGGCCCCCAAACUCCCAGCAAACCAUCAACAAAUACUUUGACUCGGCCUCCAAGGAGUUCUGCUCUUUCCUCGAGGAGAAGGCUAUCAUGAGGGUGAAGGAGGACGCCAAACACGGACACAUCGACCUCUUCAAAGAGUCCGAGCAGCACUUGCUGAAGUUCCUGGAGCAGGAGGCCUUUGGCAAGUACAAAGAGAGCCUCUACUUCUGCCGCUUCCUCCAGUUCAAGUGGCUCGAGUCCCAGCACGUGUCAGAGGACUGGUUCCUGGACUUCCGGGUACUGGGGAAAGGGGGUUUCGGGGAGGUGUGCGCCUGCCAGAUGCGGGCCACAGGCAAGAUGUACGCCAACAAGCGCCUCAACAAGAAGCGACUCAAGAAGCGGCAGGGCUACGAGGGGGCGAUUAUGGAGCAGAGAAUCUUGGCCAAAGUCCACAGCCGCUUCAUCGUCACUUUGGCCUAUGCCUUCCAGACCAAGCACGAUCUCUGCCUCGUCAUGACGCUGAUGAACGGAGGAGACCUCAGGUACCAUAUAUAUAACGUGGAUGAAAAUAACCCUGGCUUUGAGGAAUCCCGGGCGAUCUUCUACACGGCCCAGAUUAUUUGUGGCCUGGAGCAUCUUCACCAAAACCGCAUCGUCUACCGGGACCUCAAGCCAGAGAACGUCUUGCUGGAUGAUGCAGGACAUGUUCGAAUUUCGGAUUUAGGCUUGGCAACAGAAAUACCAGAAGGGCAAGAGAAGACCAAAGGGUUUGCAGGCACACCGGGAUUUAUGGCUCCAGAGAUGCUGAAGGGGGAAGAGUAUGACUCCAGCGUGGACUACUUUACUUUGGGAGUGACUCUCUUUGAAAUGAUCGCAGCGAAAGGACCUUUCCGGAGCAGGGGGGAGAAGAUAGAGAACAAAGAGGUGACACGCCGCAUCCUGCACGACCCCCCACUAUACACUGAGAAAUUCAGUGCCGAGUGCAAAUCCUGCUGUGAGGGGCUGUUGGCCAAGGACCCCGCUAAGCGCCUGGUCUUCAAAAACAACACCUGUAAUGAACUUAAGAGCCACAUCCUCUUCAAAAAAAUGAACUGGAGCCGACUUGAGGCAGGUUUGCUGGACCCGCCCUUUGUGCCAGACCCCAAGGUGGUCUACGCCAAGGACAUUAGUGACGUGGGUGCCUUCUCCACGGUGAAGGGCGUCGUGCUGGAGGACGCAGACAAGGCGUUCUACGAAGAAUUCUCCACGGGGAACGUCCCCAUCCCCUGGCAGGAGGAAAUGGUCGAAAUGGGGAUCUUUGAGGAGCUGAAUGUCUGGGGCCCCAAAGGCUCCGUCCCACAGGAUCUGGACCGCAGUGGAGUUCCCGGCGGUGCCGCCAAGUCGGGGACAUGCAGCGUCUGCUGA